GUACAGCAUGGACACACGUGUGUUUACAUGGGCGGGGCCAUAACCAGGAAGUUUUGGCGUUAUGGAGUGAGUACUUCCGGGGCAGUGUGAACUCGGGCGCACGCUGCUGUCCUAGGAUGGGGUGCUGUACUAUGGCGGCUGAACCCUGGAACCGCCUGGAUAUCCCGCGUCCAGCCAUCCAGUGUCAGGUGACCAUACCGCUGGGGGAAGACACAGAACAACUCGUCAAUCUCUCAGAAAGCUGUCAAGCUGCCGACUCCGUAUUGAAGAGCAAAGAACUAAAUGUUGAAGUUGCUACUUUGGAUUCUGUAUUAUAUAUUUAUCAUCACCGGCUGAGUGCUCACAAGCCAUAUCUUGCUUUAAAACAGGUGCAGCAAUGUAUAAGACGAAUACGCACUAUGGGCCUGGAAGCUUCCAUACAGGAGAUGUUGGACUUGUGUCCUAAUAAAACUGAGCUGAAAACUGAAAGCUGUGUCCCUGUUCCUAGCCAGCCUAUUAUGGAACUAGUGUCUAUGAAGAUUUUGGGUGCUUGCAAGUUAUUACUACGUCUGAUGGAUUGCUGCUGCAAGGCUUUCCACUUAUGUUUGCAGCACUUGAACUUGGAAGAGUUUAUAGUUCUAAAUGUUGUACUGUUGGGAUUGAUGAGCCGCUUAUGGGUUAUGUACCGAGGAGUUCUGAAAAGACUUAUCUCCUUAUACAGUGCGCAAAUAUUGGUACAACUCGAGGUGUCAGCAUUUCAGAAAAUGCCUUACUUUAAGGACUUUGAGUUUCCUCUCAAGAUUGAACAUUACCUUGGCCCUGUGUUCAAUGAUUUGGUUAAUAGAAAACUACCAAAAAUGUUCUCCAAGAAGGGCUCGGUACAACUGCUGAAUGAACUAUUUAAAACAAAUGAUUUGGUUACUGAAGAGUUAAAAAUGCCAAGCAUUAUGGAACCAAAAGAAGCAAAGGGAAGUGUUAUCGAUUUGGGGCAACAAGUUAAAAGAUUAAAGAGAGACAAACUUGAUGAAUUUGAUGUGAAAGCAUUACUAGUGUCAGAGGGUGACCAUUUCCAAGUCUUAAAUUCAAAAGAAUGGUCCAGUAAGCUCAAGAGAAAACCAGCACUAUUGUCUUCUAAUCAAAGGAAGUGCAUUAAGCAUAUAUUGCCCAAAAUUCAGGAAGCCUCAAGUUUCAAAGAUAUGUCUGAGCAUCUCCUUUAUGCAGUGAGAUGGUGUAGGAAAAAAAAACUAAGAAGAGAAGCAAUGUUCUUCAAAUACAAAUACCUUCACAGCAACAGACUGCAGCAAGCUGAAUUUCUGGGGCAGAGUUUAAAGAAGAAGCUGCAGAGCUGGAAAAAAUCCAUGUGUCACUGUCUGCGUGAGCGAACCCUGAAGGCAGAUCAUCUGAAGACCUAUUUAAGAAUACAAAGAUGUCACCAAUCUUGGAAGUGGAAGGUCACUUAUUCAAGAAAGCGCAAACUUCACAAAUGUCACGUUGCUCAUUCUGAAUCUCAAGUUAAAAGGACAGAUUUAAAAAGUUUGUGCUCAGAAUUGUUUUCUGGUGAUCAAGAGGUGUCACCAGUUUCCAAGGAUACCGCUUUAAGAUCUCAGACUUCUGAACCAUCUGUGUCCAGUGCCAGCAUGAAAAAUGCAAAAAGACGUCUUUCUGAAACGGAUGACAUAGAUGAUAUAUUCUCAUCAAUUGGGAUCUAGAAGAUUUUCAGCUCCCUGUAAACUGUUAUAAAACCAACAAAUGCAAAAUACGUUUUA